AGCGGUCGCAGCUGGUGGACCUGCGCCCGAAGCAGACGAUGCAGGCCCUCGUUGUGAAGAUGGUAUGAUCGGACCCGACUACGACUCAUUUGAGGUGUUGAACCCUGGCGUCAACAUCUCCACUGUGCAAUUCACCUUGAUUCAAACAAUCGACCUUGCGGCAAACGCAUCCCAAAUUGAUGCCGGAUUCCAACGCGCCCUCGUCAAGUCCGGUAGCGAGUUCGACGGAUACAGCACUAUCCUCAUGACCGAGUUUUUGGAUGCCCAUGGGAAUGAACUGGUAUGUUCAUGACUAGCCUCAUUAUUGACCGCUUGAGCUAUCCAGCUGCGGCUAACAAACGGCCCAAAACGCAUCAACAGCAUUCCGACAAGGUUUUCACAAACAUCGAUGGAGACAAAUCCGGUUAUACCGUUCCUGCAGGAACCAGGUCCAUGCGCGUUGGAUACGGGGUCGAUAUGGCGUACUUCGAUGCCGAGACUCGUCAGGGUGUCUGCUUUUCGCCAAUCUCCGUAAUAAUAUCCCAGUUCAAGAGCAAGUCCCUCGUGGGAAUGUCCGACAACUUUUUGAUCAGCUACUACGUGCUCAUCAUCGUCUGUCUGGUAAACUCCAUCUGCAUCCCGAUUGCUUUGCUAUGGGGUCGCCAGAACAAACUGGCUCAGUUUACUCCUUUGAACUUGGUGUAUCCCUGGACCAGCGAGAACUCUUGGGUCCUCGGCCUUAUGUUCAUGAGCAUGCUCAGUACUGCGUUCUACAUCAUCAAGUCGUACAAGACAUUCGUGCACCUCAAAGGCUACGCCGUAGUCGCGUACCCCAUCCUCCUGAUUCCUUUCCUCUGCCUGGUCGGAGCAUUUUACUUCGCGGAAUUUGUUGCAUUCCACCAAGUCCAGCGCUUCCAGCGCCGCAGUGCCGCUCUCCUCGGUGUCUGGGCGACCUUCUGCCGCCUCCUGUUCGAGUUCUUCACUCUGAUGGUCGCCGUCGCAGCCUUUUACGAAUCUGCCUUUGUCGGAAAUUUGCCCACCGACGGGUCAACCACCUUCUUCCAAAUCGCUGAGAACAUGCCCGUUGUUCUCGCUGAGCUUCUCCUCGUCUGCUGGUUCCUGAAAAAGGCUCUGGCUCUGGGACAUGUCGACUACCAUGUCGACCAAUCCGGCGUUGCUGGACCUCUGAAGAUGUCUUUCGAGAAGGACUUUGCCUACGUCAGGGAACUCCUUAACAACAGCGAGCAAAAGAAGCGCGAACUCGACAUUGUGACCGCGCGCAAGAUGCGCCUGCCUGAACCCAGUCUGCUCGACAACCUGAAGAGCUUCGGCAAGAAGAAGGACGAGAAGAAGCCCGAAGGCCCAAGCAAGAGCCUCGUUGCCAAGAUUCUCGCCCCAUUCCACACCUUGCUCCUGAAGCCAUACCGCGAGAUGGACAGCCGUUUCCGCAUCCUGUGGAUUCUCGCCGGCUGGGCCAUCUGGGUCACGAUGAUCGAAUACGUGAGCCUCGUCAACAGUUUCAAGGAAGACCUGGGAUGCCAGGCGUCCCGGUUUACCCUUCUCGUAGAGAUGGUCGACCGUGCCGGAAAGUUCUACCCGGCUAAGCCCGCUGACUCUGACCCGAACUAUCUUUCCCUGACAAACAACUCGUAAGUGUUCCGGAUAUCCUCGAGAGAUGUUGUUACGUGGUCAGAAUAUCAACCUCCCGGAUCGUUGGUAGGUACGUAAGCUUCGCCAGGACUCUGAUGAAGCUAUUGGAAGCCGCCUCAGCCAUCGGCAUCGUCGUCACCUUGUUGAGCGUUUUGACCAAUCUCCGCGCCACCUCCGAGGAUGCCAAAGCCCGCACCAAGGCCUUCGCUCAAGGAAAAUACCCGGCCGGCUUCACCAAAGCGCAAGCGGUUUCGGCUAACGUGAACUCUUUAGCACGUAUCACUGGUCG